UAAGGUACCUUACCUAAUAGACGCAGUCACUCGCAACGCAGUUAGUUAAGCAGCUGAGUCCCAUUUGUCUUGUCAGGACCCAACAAAUAAACCGCAAACAUGUGUGAUGAUGAUGUAGCAGCUCUUGUCGUAGACAAUGGAUCCGGUAUGUGCAAAGCCGGUUUCGCUGGAGAUGAUGCGCCACGUGCCGUCUUCCCAAGCAUUGUUGGUCGCCCAAGACAUCAAGGUGUCAUGGUCGGUAUGGGACAAAAAGACUCAUAUGUAGGUGAUGAAGCUCAAAGCAAAAGAGGUAUCCUCACCUUAAAAUACCCAAUUGAACACGGUAUUAUCACCAACUGGGACGAUAUGGAAAAAAUCUGGCAUCACACUUUCUACAAUGAAUUGCGAGUCGCUCCAGAAGAACAUCCAAUCCUUCUUACAGAAGCUCCAUUGAACCCAAAAGCUAACCGUGAAAAGAUGACUCAAAUCAUGUUUGAAACCUUUAACACACCAGCUAUGUAUGUAGCUAUCCAAGCUGUCCUCUCCUUAUACGCUUCAGGUCGUACCACUGGUAUCGUACUUGACUCUGGUGAUGGUGUAUCCCACACUGUCCCAAUCUAUGAAGGUUAUGCUCUCCCCCACGCCAUCCUCCGUUUGGACUUGGCUGGUCGUGACUUAACUGACUACCUCAUGAAAAUCUUAACUGAACGUGGUUACUCUUUCACAACAACCGCUGAACGGGAAAUUGUUCGUGACAUCAAGGAAAAACUUUGCUAUGUCGCUCUUGACUUCGAGCAAGAAAUGGCAACAGCAGCUGCAUCAACCUCCCUAGAAAAAUCUUAUGAACUUCCCGAUGGUCAAGUUAUUACAAUUGGUAACGAACGGUUCCGUUGUCCAGAAGCCCUCUUCCAACCAUCCUUCUUGGGUAUGGAAUCAUGUGGUAUCCACGAAACUGUCUACAAUUCAAUCAUGAAGUGUGAUGUAGAUAUCCGUAAAGACUUGUACGCUAACACAGUACUUUCUGGUGGUACCACCAUGUAUCCAGGUAUUGCUGAUCGUAUGCAAAAGGAAAUCACUGCCUUAGCUCCAUCUACAAUUAAAAUCAAGAUCAUUGCCCCACCAGAACGUAAAUACUCCGUAUGGAUUGGUGGUUCUAUUUUAGCUUCUUUGUCUACUUUCCAACAAAUGUGGAUCUCCAAACAAGAAUACGACGAAUCCGGUCCAGGAAUCGUUCACCGCAAAUGUUUCUAAAUGUUUUGAAACAUUUUAUUUUAUUCAUUAUUACUUUAAGAUCAUACAUAAUAUUAAGUUUUUGUUUUGUAAUAUAAAUAACAUCGAACGUUACAACAACUCAAACAACAUCAACCUGUACAAAUAUUACACUGAAUUCUGUCAUCAAGCCGUCAGUCACGUCUCCGUCUGAGUGGAUGGUGCAUUUUCUAUUAAAACAAUUGACGACAGCCUUUUUGUAUCAUUAUUAAUUGUAAUUAUAAUAAUUAAUUAAUUUACUUGAA